UGUAGAUUGACGACAAAAAAAAAAAAAAAAAAAUUUUUCACCAAAAAAAAAAAAAUGUAAAGUUAGUGACCACAAUACAUGUAUAUAAGUAUUGAACUGUACACGAGAAUAAUAAGAAGAAGAAAAACAAGUUUAGAAGGAUUAGAGAUUGGUGGUGUGGUGAAGAUCGAAGAUGAUAAAAAUAGUUGAGAAUUAUUUGUCAGAAAUCAUUGGCUUAUCGUUGGGCGUCCUCAUCGUAAUCCUUGUUUGGUCCUUGUAUGGCUCUUAUAUACGUCGCACGUGCUGUUGCUGUGUUAAGUCUAAUGACUCUAAUGCAUAACUGUUGUCAUUUUGCUGCUUCCAACUAUGUUCUUGUUAUUUCUUUUUAA